AUGCCGCUCAAUGUGGACCACGCUGGCUGGAAGGAGCGUCUGCUGCGCGAGGAGCGCAUCCACCAGAUGAUGUCCGCCAGCAUGAUUGGGAAGGAGGGCGACUGGCCUUUCGCGAAGGACCCCGACGACAGUAUCCCGCCCCUGCACGACAUCCACAACAGCCCCCUGGCGUUCCUGCCGCGCGAGGGUCCAGGCUGGGAGCAUCGGCCACCGCCUGCAGAUCUUCCCAUAGGGCCCCUCGGCGCCGGCUCCGAGGCCGGCAGCCGCCGCGCCUCGAGGGCGCCCACAGGCGCGAGCGGCUACGGUAGCCGCGCGGGCGGGCGCUCGGCCGCCUCGGGCAGGAGAGCGCGGCGCCCUCGGGCUCCGCGUGCGAGUCCAUCAGGGAAGAGAUUGAGAAGACCGUGAAGGAUCAGGUUGCCAAAGCCCUCGCGGGUGGUGCGCGGACGCCGUUGCAGGGCGCGCCAACGAGAAGGCGUGGUUGGACCUCCCAACCCUCUUCCACAACCGGGGGAGACCCGCACCUGGCGGCGAACGCCCGCGGUCACUAGGAAGAGGCUAGAGGACCUGCUUAGGCUGGCUGGCGGCCAAGUCGUGAAGCCGCCUGCGGCGAAGGCAGCCUCCUGCCAUGCGGGGGGUACAGCGGCAAACGAAUUGAUGUGACCGCCUGCACGGUGGGCCUGUGGUGGAUCGCUGGUUCCUGCAGCUUGCGCCCGUGACAGUCUGCAGUCUUGCGCGUGGGCGGUCACGCGGUGCAGUCUCACGCACUGUUUACCCAUUCGAGCUAGCUCGCACACUGGUAGUGGAUAUGGGGCACAUGUUUCUCCCUUUCUCGCGGCCACGCCGAGGCUCAUGGUGCCCC